AUGGCCGUUUCGGUCAAGUUAACGGCUGCUAGAGGGCUCCACCGGCCACCUCCCAUUAUCAGGGCAUCUCGCAUGCUGGCGGCAAACCGACCAAAAGCCGAAAUUAUCACUGGAACCCCAGACGCGAUAUAUCUCCAUACAAACGCCAAUCGAUCCGCCAUCGAACGUGCGUCCGAGGGGAAAAGUGGAAAAUGGAACCGCCUGAUCUUUAAUACUCCUAACUUUCGAGUGAACUAUGUUGAACCGCCCACUAUCGCGGGCAACGGGAUCCCUAUCGACCAAAUGGAGCACAAGUCCGACUUCGUCCGCGUUUCCGCCGUCUGUGAUUUCGGCGGCGUCUACAUCGACUUCGAUGCACACCCCAUACGCGACAUCAAAUUCCUCAGAGAAAGCGGCUUCAACUCCGUUACCGGUCGGCAAGCGGGUGGCGAGAUAAUGAGCGGCACAUUCAUGGCCAAGAAGGACGCUCUCUUACUUCAGAUGUGGAGGAAGGAAAUGCACCGCGUUUACGACGGCGGCUGGACCACCCACAGCAAUGCAGCCCUUACACGUCUAGGCCAGCGUCUGGUUCGGUUACCGGGCGAAGUGCUCAUCAUGGAGCAGGAUGCUUUUGGACCAGGCAGCUGGACAACACCGGAGAACAUCAAGCUAUACGGAAUCCACAACGAUACUGAGUCCAAUCUGAAGCCCUUUACAGAUCGCUACUCGCUGCCGGCUUACGAGGAAGGUAUUUCGGAUCGAUGGGACAGGCCGCAGGAUUUUCCGUCGUGGGAGACCGAUUAUUCACACACAUACAUAGUACAUGCCUUCAACCCUGCGCGCAAUGGGAACCCGGUCGAGGGCUUUGAACAUAUCACACCGGAGUAUAUUCUAGCCCGGCAGAGCAAUUUUGCGCGGGUACUGUAUCCAGUUACGAGAGAUAUGUGUGAGGCCGGUUUAGUAGAGAUAGAUGAUUCUUAUCUUGGAUAG